AUGGGGAUGAUGACUGGAUUUUUGUGUCUUCACUCUCUGCUGAACUCCAUGGUUUCAGUAGAGAAGGUCUCAGUGAGGAAGGGAGCGCUUCAUGCCCUCGCAGUGCACACAGAACCAAGUAAAAAGGACAACUCUGCAGGAGGUUUCUCUAACUCUUCACGGAUCUUAUGUUGGAUUCUGACUGGACCCAAGAACCUGGAAUCCCGGACCAAGCAUCUAAAGCAAACCUGGACUAAACACUGCCACAGAGUGCUGUACAUGAGCUCAGUAAAGACGGAUUUUCCCACCGUUGGGCUGAAUGUGAGCGAAGGGAGGGAAAACCUGUACUGGAAAACCAUCAGGGCAUUCCAGUACAUCCACCAGCACCACAUGGAUGAAGCUGACUGGUUCCUCAAGGCGGAUGAUGAUACUUAUGUGGUCAUAGAAAACCUGCAGUACAUCGUAUCCAAACUGGACCCAGGAAAACCAUUGUACUUAGGUCGAAGGUUUCGCCCGUUCAUCAGUCAAGGCUACAUGAGCGGAGGAGCAGGUUAUGUCCUGAGUAGAGAGGCACUGAGAAGAUUUGUAAACGGUUUUCACACAGGAGAGUGUACUCACUUCUCUGACAUAGAGGACAUGGCUCUGGGGAGCUGCAUGGAGAAAAUGAAGGUGGAGCCGGUCGACACUCGAGACGUGAAGGGGAGGCAAACCUUCCACCCGUAUCCUUUGGACCAUUAUGUGAUCCGACAGCUACCAAGAGCUCGGCCUUGGCAUUUACUUUAUGACUACUACCCUCCAAAUGAGGGUCCAAACUGUUGCUCAGAUUUUGCUGUGUCCUUUCACUACAUCUAUCCUGUCCAGCAGUAUGUGUUGGAGUACUUCACCUAUCAUCUACGACCAUAUGGAUACUUUUAUAGAUAUAGACCCGAUGAAAGCAGGGACACAAACACUACAGAUAACAGCAGUGGGUGAGCAGCACAGGGGAACGGAAAAGGAUCCGGAGGAGGAGUGAAGAUAAGAAGCGGGAUGAGACAGGGUUUGGACAAUCAAAGCAAUACUGAAGCAAUAUUGCUGAUUCUUGUGGAAUCUGGGAAAACAGAGGAAGAGUUGGGAGGUUUGAGAAGCUAAAGAAUGGAUGAAAGUGACUAAAAGAAGAGCAGCCAGCAGAGUUUGCUGAUUAUUAACUGAA